AUGUUUGACCAGAUAUCGGGGACCGUUGUUUUGAUAUGUGGGCAAAAUAAAGUUGCUACUGGAUCAAAAGAGAAAGAGAAAUUUCAGACUAUGAUCCUUCCAAAUUUAGGUCGCCUUGCAAAGCUGGUUUUCCAAGUUUUUAAACAGUGGAAUGACGGAAUGGAAUCUGGGAUUCUGAGUUCUGAAGAUAUUGGCUACUUGAAGAAGAGCAUACACAAAAAGAAAACGACAAUACUUCCAACUGAUAAGAUUUUUGUCUUACAAGUAAGAAAGAUAAUUUUUGUUACUGAGAAAAGAAUUCAAGAACUUCGUAAUCUCGGAAUCCCUUUGCUUUCUGAGGCUGUGACAUGUGAAGCAAUAUACUAUGACCCAACAGAUAGUAGUUUCAAAGCUUCAUUAAUAACGUGGGCCCUUCCAUAUGCACAACCUUACAUUUACACCAAUAAUCCAACUUAG